AUGCGCCUUGCGGCCACGGUUUCACUCCUUCUCCUCUCUUCUAUACCCGCGGCUUUCGCUUCAACAGAAGUAAAGCCCAAGCCGCUGCCAAAGCCACCAUGUACAAUCCACUCCACGUCCACAGGCUCCUUCUUUGACCUGCGACCCCUGCAGCUGACGGUCGACGGAACAAAAUAUCAGAGUGCGACCAACGAGUCCUUCCACACACGAGGCUAUGACUAUCCCGCCAACUUCACCUUGAACUUUUGCGGGCCGGUGGUGGAACCCCUGGUUGAUGUUGAGGGCAUACUUCCGUCAAGAGUCAAGAAUAUAUCGGCAUUUUACAAGGACCAAAAGGGGCGUAUUCACAGUAUCGGACAGCAGAAUGACGAGCUUAUCUUCCGGGGCAAGAAACUGCUUCUGAAUUACACCAUGGGCUCGCCUUGUCCCUCUCUGAGCGAGGAUGGGAUCCCACUCGACUCUGAUAGAGCGGCGAGCAAAGCCACCCACAGGCGCAAGUCGACUCUCCUGUCCUUUAUCUGCGAUACCUCGCCGAUUCUCUCAAACAGACCGGCCAUCUCGUUCCUCGGCUCUCCCGACCACUGCACCUACGUCUUCGAGGUGCGCUCGAGAGAUGCCUGCGGUGGUACCACACAGUCGGAAGAGAAGGGCACGCUGGGGCCGGGUGCAGUCUUCGGUGUCAUACUCGGCAUCGCAUUGCUCGUCUACCUGAUUGGAGGUAUUGUGUACCAGCGCAAUGUGAUGCACCAAAGAGGAUGGAAACAAGUGCCCAACUAUAGUGUCUGGGCUGGAUUGUUGAGCUUCAUUUCGGACAUGUUUGUCAUCCUCUUUUCCUCUUGCACGCAGCGCCUGCCAGGUGGAAUCACUCAACUCUUUGCCGGUCGAAGAGGCUACCAUCGUGUCGGGACCGACGAAAGGCCCGGUCAAGGUCGGUCUCCUGAAGAUGAGAACAGAUUGAUUGACCAGCUCGACGAAGAGUGGCAAGGCUAA